GCGUGUGUGCUCCUAGAUCGUGUUCCGCUCGGGCCGGCGUUCGCGUCAGUGUGCGUGUUGCAUACGUGCUGUACCGUGCUGUGCCGUGUGCGCGGGAUUAGAAGAGUCGCACCAGUAGGCCACUGGCGCUCGACGCCUCUGCGUCUCUUUUUCCGGCUCGCGCGGCUCCGACCUACCGUAAAACGAUGAUCCUCGAUCCGCUGAUGGAUAUCGAUCGCUAGCAUCGAUUUGUGAAUCGAUCGAACGCCGUACAAACGCGUUUUGCGGGAGUUUCUCUGGAUUAUUCUUCCAAUUCUUCGAUUCGAUCAAUGGAUGUUGACAUUUGAUAUUUUGUAGUUGCUAUUAAUAUCGCGAGGAGAAUAUGAAACGCGUGAAAAUUAGUUCGACGCUUAUCUACGAGCGGAUCGAGAAGCAGCGUGAGGAACCGGCGGCGCCCCCGGUUCGCGAAAUACCCUCGUAACGACGAUGACGCGCGUCGAGUAGUUAUUUCGGAUGUACAUCAUCGAGGAAGAUAGUGGGGACGACGGCGGAUGCCGUCUGAUCUCCGUCCGUCAGUGCGUCGACGCUGACGGAGCGCGUGAGACAUCGUGCCCGGAAAACCGGCGUCCCGACGAAGACGACGUCGACGCCGCUAGCCUGCUGGACGUCAAGUGUUUCCCACGUGUGCACAAGACACCGUAUAUCCUCAAGAAGUCCGCCUCUCUGGACGAGAAAGGUCGUGAGUCGAAGAAGGAUCAGUUCCUAAAGUCUUCUCUUCGUGUCGACUUGAAGCCAGACCGGUCGACCGUCGAACCUGUCGCGUCCCAAGACGAAAACGAAAUCUCGCGGAAUAAAAUAAUCGAGGAGAGUGCGAUUUGUGUAAAAAACGAGAAGCUGGAAAUUUCCAUUAAGUUAUUAGAAGUGGUGAAUUGCGAGAGCGUCUACGAUGACCAAGGAUACAAAACCACGGUAAACUUUCAGUACAAAGAUACUCUAACGAGAGCCUGUAAUGCAUCGAAACUCGAAAAAGCACGCGGACUGAAGAGAAGCGCGUCCGCGCCCGGAAACGGCUCUUGCCAAGUCUCAGAGAACCAGGAUACCUCGACGACGACCAAAGACAGUGACAGCCAAAGCAACUCGAAGGAUCGCAAGGAAACCAAAGACUUCGUGUUCGUGAAGAAAAGCCCGUCGAAAGCGUCCGCAAAGGCGGAUGGCGGUCAGUUGACUAGAUAUCGUUCGAGGACGAACAGAUCGCAAGAAUUCGCUACAAAGACCGAACAGUUGAUCGCGAGACGCGGCCAGCAAGAUUAUCCGGCGCGAAGAGCCAGAGCCUCCUCGUUCGUGAUCGAGAGGAAGAAGUAUCGCCAGGCUGCAAUUACAUCCUCGAGGUCCAGCGAGGAUCUGUCGAGGUGUUCGUUGAGCAACAACGAGACGACGGAGGCCGAUGGAAUGCGGAAUUGCAACAGCGCCGUGGCGGGCGUUGACGAGAACGAAGGAUGCGUCCUGAUCGGGGUCCGAUCCCUCGAGGAGGGCCCCCAGCUGCCUCUGAUUCCGCGACAGGACGACAGGUGUACCAGAAGGGACAGGGAGCGCGCCAGGAUUUUGCGGCGGAGAAGAAUCAACGGAAGAUCGGCCUCGGUGCCUAGGGUGCAUAGACAUCUUGACAAAGGAAGCGACCUUGCCGAGGCGGCGAGUGCGAGUGGACUUCGCGAACUCGCGAGAUCCUUGAAGCAUCACCUUCGAGGAUUCGGUUCCCGUCUGGAGGACAGGCGCGAAUACCUCGAAGACACAUCGAGAUGUUGCCUGCUUCAGGAUCGGGCGUACGAGUGGGCCCAGGAGGCUCGUCUCGCUGGCGAAAGGGGGGCCCAGCAGUUUCUGAUGGCCAGACCACCCCUGCCUCCCGAGCAUUUCACGGAAAUGAUGGCGCUCGCCGAGAAGCUCGGUAACGAGAUCCUCUUGGAACAAUGCCGCAUCGCCAGGAACAAGUGCGCGGAAGCGCUGGAAAUGGCGAGGACGACUUCCGCACCUGGCAGUCCAGCCAGGAGGAGAUCCUUCGCCGCCUCGGAGUCUGCUACCUCCUGGGAGGACAGUUUGACGAAGAGAACUUCGUGGGAUGACAGCGACAGCAGCGCAUCGUACGCUUGUCCCAUGGAGAGUGUAGGAUCGGCAGGAAGCGGCGGUCGACCGGUACUGGACAACAUCGCGGAGCUUCGAGAGAGCGCCGAACAGCUGCUCGAUUGCUCUCCUCCGCGAACGCCACCCCGAAGCCCUGCUCCACGAAGGCUGGUCAAGCCACCGGUGAACUCACACCUUCACAGAGCUGCCAGCAUUGCUCCUGGAAUGAAGGCCAAAAAGACAAUACUGCUCAUAAUGAGGGAAAUGAUACAGACCGAGCGGGACUACGUAAAGUCUCUCGAGUAUAUAAUAGAGAAUUAUAUUCCGGAGUUGGUGAGGGAGGACAUUCCUCAGGCGCUCAGGGGACAACGCAACGUGAUCUUCGGUAACGUCGAGAAGAUAUACGAGUUUCAUAGUCAGCAUUUCCUACGGGAACUGGAACAGUGCGAACAGUCGCCAAUGAACGUGGGACAAUGCUUCCUCAGACACGAGAAAAAAUUCUACCUUUAUGCACUGUACAACAAGAACAAACCAAAUUCCGACUCCCUGAUGGCCGAGUACGGCACCGCGUUCUUCAAGCAGAAGCAACUCGAGCUCGGUGACAAGAUGGACCUUGCUAGUUACCUAUUGAAGCCGGUUCAACGAAUGGGAAAGUACGCGCUACUGCUACAGCAGCUGGUCAAAGCAGGCACCGAUCUCUCGGAACAAAUGUCCGGUAAAGACGAGAAGGAUGAGAAGGACGACGGUAUGAAGCCGAUGGUCGAAGGGGAGGCGGACUUGAGGGCGGCUGAGCAGAUGGUACGAUUCCAACUACGUCACGGGAACGACCUGCUGGCGAUGGAUUCCCUUCGAGAUUGCGAUGUGAACGUGAAAGAGCAGGGCAGACUACUUCGUCAAAACGAGUUCUUGGUGUGGCAGGGUAAAGGCAAGAAAUGCUUGCGACAAGUUUUCCUGUUCGAAGACCUUAUUCUCUUCAGCAAAGCGAGAAGAUUCCCCGACAGAAAGAACCUCGAUAUUUACAUCUAUAAGCACAGCAUCAAAACGACGGACAUCGGGUUGACCGCCGUGAUCGCGGACUCACCUACGAAGUUCGAGAUUUGGUUCCGCAAGAGGAAACCAGGCGACACGUACACGUUGCAGUGUGCAAGCGAGGACAUUAAGAAAGCCUGGACGGAGGAACUGAGCAACCUUUUAUGGAAACAGGCGCUGCGAAACAGAGAAGUGCGCCUGGCAGAGAUGUCGAGCAUGGGCAUCGGAAAUAAACCUUGUUUGGACAUUAGGCCUAGCGCGGAUCAGAUCAAUGAUCGUUCUAUCAGUGUAGCUCAACUUUCGAAAACAGCACCUAGAUUUAGAAACUCGAUAGCGGUAUCAAUGUCAGAGGACUCGGGACGCUGCAGCAGGAGGCCGCACAGUGUAAUUUCCGUAAGUUCGUCAUCGAGUAGCGGCGGAAGUAGCGGCCCCCCGACGACGUUGAAUCUCGGUUUGGAUACAAGUCCUCGACCUCAUCAUCGUAGUACUACGCUCAACAGUCAGUGCAGUGUUGAAAGCGGCAUAAUAGCCGAUAUUUCAAUCGUUUCGGAUGAUGGUGGCGAUGGAACUGAGAGAAGUCACUGGAACUCGACUCUAGAAAGUCCCACGUCCCAUCUACCAACGACGUCGACGCCUCUUCAAUCACCGACCAGCGCAACCGCGACAGCAACAGUUACCUCGGCUUCUUCGUCCGAUACGAAUCUCACCCCUUACGACCAAGACAUGUCCAUUAAUUUAUAAGUGUCACCCCUGAAAAGGGCGGCACGGCUCUGAUAUAAAAGAGUAUAUAUUAUAUACAUACGUGUUGUCGAUUCACUUGCAAGUUGUCUUAUAGUGAAUGCAGUGUGACUCACUCGAAUUGCAUAAAAUUUUUCAUUGGAAAGUGGCGACGACCACGUGCGUGUAACUGGAUAGAGAGUACUAGAGCGCAUAUUUUUCUUGGGCAAUCGUAGUUCGAUGAAUGACCACGAGCUAUAAGAUGGCAUGUAACAACGCCGUAAACACAGUCCAAUAGAUCGCUGCAUUACGCUUAUCACGUGAGUUCCGUCACGAGCGUCUGUUGCAAAACGUUUAAUGUGAAUCCUGUUUUAUGUGACAGAGUUCGCAAAGAGGCACACAUACACAUACACAGACACACCCUAAACACCCACAAUAUACCUUGUGUCCCAGAGAGCUCAACUUUCAAGUGAAUUUAUCUUUUGAUACGCUUCGAAUUUCAUUGAUCUAGGCGAUCGCAUAUAUAGUUGUCACGUCUGAAUUUUAUAAACCAUUGAUUUUUCAGAAGUAACGGCGACGUGUAUUUUCUUAUACUAUCUCCUCGAAUCCACCAACGUGCUCAAGAGAACGAUCAUAGAUACAGAUGUGUUCCGACAGAAUCUAUAUGUGUAUGGCUGCAUGCUUCACGAUGUGCUGCAGUGUUGUAAACAGCAUACACCGGUUGCCAUUAACUCUCAUUAACAUUGGCAUUCCUGAUCAAUCAGCGACUGAGAAUAUUAUCUUGGAUUUACCGACCAUUCGUUUAUGGUACUUUUAUACUUUAUUUAUAUGCGUAGUGAAUAAAUAUCGAUAUUCCAUGUCCACAUUGUGUUCGCGCUUAUUACGAAAUGAGGACGUUAUCGUUAAAUAACGUCACAGUUCGAGAAUACGCAGAUUAUUUUUUCCUUUCCUUUUUUCUUUUUUUUUUUUUAAUGAAACACCUGAAGACUAGUUCUCGUUUUCGUCUUCUCUUCAGGUAUUCCAUUAGUUGCCAAGAUCAUUGUUCGUUUCCUUGUCGAAUGCGCUUCCGACCAUGAAUGAACGCAUCCCUUCAGGAAUGUCAAAACAAUGCGCACACAUACAUACCAUUUUGUAAUAUAAUGUAAUAUUAAAGGUUUAUACGACAUAGCCGCAAGUAAUAUAACCGAUAGUCUAAAUAUUAUUUCCAGAUUAUAUAUUAAAUAUAUAUAAUAUUAUAUUCUUUUUAUGUCAGUCAUUUGUAAAACCUUUUAUCACCUGUAGAUGUAAAUCUAACUCUGGCCUGUACACGAAAGCCAAAUUUUACCCUCACUUUUUUCUUUUUCUUUCUUUCUUUUUCUCUAUUUUUCUCUUUUUUUAUUUACAAAGCAAAAGAAGUAACUUACGUUUGAGCGAUGUUUUUCUCUCGUUUCACUAUGUGGACGUCUUAGGGAAGCUUAGAUUGAGCUUAACUGAAGACCCUUCAUACAUAACGCGCAUUUCUCAUGCCAAUUUCUUUUUGCUCGAGAAGCUUGACGUUUGUAACUGUGCAGGUUCGAUUAUGGUUCGUUGACUGAUGCUUGUAGCACAAAAUGGAAUUCGUACAUCGCCGUAAUAUACAAUCUCGUUGUGCUGUAAUUAAAUAGUAUAUGCGAUAAAGAGCUUUGCGUCAUAUUCCAUCUAAAAACUUCAAUCAAGAGCACACAAUCACCUGUACAGGUUCCGACCAACAUAGUCACGUGCUCAUUGAGCUAGCGACCGAAGAAAGGAAAAUCACGUUGGCGCAUGUAGCAAUCAGCAAUUAUCCCGUUAUAUAAUUCUGUAUUGUUACGCUGCUUUCAAGCGAGUCAGUUGAUCAAGCCAUUGUUAAUGCCAAGGUCUGCCAAGGUAUUUUAAAUGAUACCUUAUGGACAGUGACCAAAACUUCGUUUAGUUUGUAAUUUGGGAUCGAUCGAAAAAGAAUUAAGGUAUUUAGAAAAUGUAGUUGUAGACGAUAGUUCGGUAUGAGAAAAAUUUAUGUCCCGGCACAGUCUGAUGCACUCCCACGUAUCGUUUACUAUUAUUUGCGAGUCGUACUUUUAGUUGUAUUAUACCAUACACGCCGUGAAUUAUUUUCGAGAAUCGAAAUUUAUCGAAUGUUCGAUGUAUCGAGGAAGAAAAUCGAGAGCAUGCCAUAUAAAAUCGGUGCAUCCGGCUGAGCAUCCCGCUCUUCGAAAGUGACACUAAGCGAGACAAAAAGUAAAUAAUUUUCUAUUUUCUCCGCGAUUCUUUGUUUGGUAUUGCUUUUGAAUUUGGGAUGUCGAAUUAAACGACGAGAUAAUAAGGGAUAACACGGUACCUUAAGAUACCGAUAGUCACUUAAUUGUACACGCUCGUAGAUAUUUAUUAAUAUUUUUUUAAGUAGAUCAUUUUAGUCUAUAGAUUUAAGUAUCCGCAUCAUUAUAACGAAAUGUAUAUAUUAUAUAUUUACAUUAAUAACAUGAUUAUUUCAGUAUUGUACUGUGUCUAACACCGAUGUAUUUUAUUACUUGCUAAAUAUACCGUAUUGGGUGCCUUUUGUAGCGAA